GGUGGCUGUGGGCAUAUAUCAAAUUCAUGAUAGGCAGCUUAAAAAACAAUAACAUUCCUUACAAAUAUAGGUUACACGAGUGUGCUCUUUUCCCUUCUCAGCUUAUAUAUGCAAACAUUUUUCUUUCUUUCUUUCUUGUAAUAUUGAGAGGUCCCCACCUGCUACCACCACUGAGUUUGAGUUGGAUUCAGACCCCACCCCACCCACCCCUCUUCUUCCACAGGUGCAGUAGCAGUACUCACUGAUUCUGUUGUUAUAGGGAACCCACACCUACCCUUCCCUUCUCUUUCUUUCUCCAAAGAUAGCAGUCAACCACAAAGUAAAAAAGAGAAACAAACCCCACCACUAAUUCCACUUGUUACUGAAUUCUUUUUUGGCUCUAAAGACACUGCAAUUGCAGCAGCAGCAACAACUUAAUUUUCAAGUCUCUUUCUUCCUUUCUUUCCUUCUUUCUUGCUUGGCUUAAUGUUUUCAAUUCAUCUUGUCAAUUAGACAAAUGUUUGAAGCAUCAACAAGAGAUCUUUGUUAGACCCCCCCUUACCCUUUCACCUUGCAUACCCACCCCCCCACCCCUAUCUUCUCCUCUUCCCAAGAUGGAAUUUAUGGAACCACAUAGGAAAAAGCAAAGUGGUGGUAGUAGUACUAGUGGCACAGACCACCACCACCACCACCAGCAUGCACAACAUCAACAACACAACCAAGAAACUCCCUCUUCUUUACAAUUAGUUUCACCUCAUCAAAGUCAACCUGACCCUCCUACCCCUGGGUCCAACCAACCCCACCCCCACCCCCAUGGUCCCUUCAUGGGCUCCAUUUCCAUGCAAUCAAGAACUCUAUUUUCUCCUCCUUCAACCAAUAAUUCUUCCUCCUCCACCACCCCUACCACAACCCCCACCCCCAACAACACUUUAUCCACAAAAGUAGUCAAGAAACCUUCUAAAGACCGCCACACCAAGGUGGACGGCCGAGGGCGGCGCAUACGCAUGCCGGCCUUAUGCGCCGCCCGAGUCUUCCAGCUCACCAGAGAAUUGGGUCACAAAUCUGAUGGUGAAACCAUUGAGUGGCUCCUGCAACAAGCUGAACCGGCAAUUAUAGCUGCUACUGGAACCGGUACAAUUCCGGCUAAUUUCUCGACCCUCAACGUUUCCCUGCGUAGCAGUGGGACCACAAUUUCAGCUCCGCCGUCAAAAUCUGCGCCUCUCUUCAUCCACGGUGGCUCCACCACUAUGCUAGGCUUCCACCACCAGCUAUCCAACGCCGGUUUUGGGCAAGACCCAGAUGAGAAUAAUUACAUGAAAAAGCGGUUCAGAGAAGACACCAGUGGUGCAAACUCACCUUCAGGUGAUAAACCGGAAAGAACCGGAGUACAAGCUCAUGAACCGGUAUCAGAUUCUAAACCCGGUUCAUCACAAACGUCGAGUUUCAUUCCGGCUCCGGCCAUGUGGGCGGUUGCACCAGCUGCUGGUAACGUUGGUAGCGCGUUCUGGAUGUUACCAGUGAGUGGAGGUACCGGUUCAACGACGGCUUCGGUCGGGGUGGCUCAACCGGACCACCAAUUGUGGCGCUCAAGAAUUGGUGGGUUCGAGUUCCCGGGUAGUGGCCGGUUCAGUCCGGUUCAGUUGGGUUCAAUGGUUUUGCAGCAGUCACAGCCGGUUCAGCAGCUGGGAUUAGGAGUUACAGAGACAAAUAUGGGAAUGUUGUCAUCAAUGAAUAAUGCAUAUAAUAGCAGUGGUAACAAUAGGGUUGAUUUGGGUAUGAAUUUGGAGCAACAUCAUCACCAUCAAAAUCAGACUCAAGGUAGUGAUAGUGGUGAUGAAAAUCACAAAGAUUCUCAAUCAUAGUUUACAAAUCUCUAUGCAACCACUCCAAGGAUGUAUUAGCAAACAGUUUCUCGUAGGAGGAAACGUCUUUCUUCGCAUGAGUAUGGUCGCGUAUACGUGACCUCUCCAAACCUACUUGUGGGACUACACUUUGUUGUUGUUAACCAUUGCAAAAAAGGUCAAGUAAAUUGAAGAAAGAAAAAAAAAGGUUCCCAUUUUAUGACUUCUUGAUUGUUUUUUCUUAGUGUAAUUAGGGAGAAGAUUGUGUUCAUUGUAAUUUUCUUUUUUGACUCUUUGCUUUACAAUUGUUCUUAAUUUGGAUUUAAGAAUUUUUUUUUUCCCCCUUUAUUUUUGGUUGGUUGAUCCAAUUUGUCAAUCACAUUUUGGUAUAUGUCUUUUGGCAUUUAGAGAGGAAAUAUGUUGGUUCCGAAUUGGAAAUAUGAAGAGUGGAAUUGAUUCA